AUGGAGAAGUUGCAAGUACAGAGGAACAGGUGCCUGGUGAAGAUACUCCUCACAGCAGGGAGGAAAGCCAUAUUCAGAAACUGGUGUGUGCUGCUGAUGACAGGUCAGCAGCUGAGGCUGAUCUGUGCCCCACAGCUUAAGAGAGGGCAGCAUGGCUGUGUGCAUUUCCUCCAACUGAUCCCCAACUCCUUCCACACUGGGAUGGACUGCAGUGCUGACGCGCUGGACACCCUAGAGGUCCCUCCUCUCACCCCGACCAGUAAGGAGGUCCUCAACCAGGCGUUGAAGGCCAGUUUCACUGGAUUUGCCCAAGAGAGAAUCAACCAUCUCUUUCCACAGGAUCCUACCUUGUGGUCUGAAUGGGAGGUGAACUACUGGCUGGACUGGUGCCAGGCUGAGUUUGGUCUCCAUUGCCUGGGCUCAGACCUGAGAGGCCUGCAGGGCAGUGAGCUGUGUGGCCUGGAAAGAGAGGCUUUCCUGGGCCUGAUGUCUGACUGCAUCGCAGGAGAGAUCCUGUGGGAGCAUCUGGAGACCAUGAGGACAGAGAAUGAAUAUGACUGCAGUUCUUCAUUACCCACAUGCACGAUACCAUCUUACUGCCAGCUUCAAAUCAACAAAGAAAACUACUCAGACUAUGUUCAGGAUCAUUCAGACAAACACAGUUAUCAUGUUCAGUGCCAUCCCAGUGAGAGGACAGGGCUCCACACUCUGCACCCUGUCCCUGAACAUGUGGACUACUAUCUGAUCAAAACAGAAGAUCCCAGCAGGAGCAUGACCACGGUUGAUACACGAGGGGCCGGAGGUAAAAACACACUUCACACACUUACACGUUAUCUAAGAUUGUCUUUCAUCCUUAUUAACCUGCCUUUUCUCUGUUUCUCUUAUGGUGUAUUCACAGAGACAGAUUCGGAAGUGGAGAUUGCUCACAGUGACAACUCUGACUUUGUGGGCUCUCUAUUUUGGACUGCUCCUCUCCAGGAUGUAAAGCCAGCGAUGGAAGAGAUAGUGUCUGAAGAUAUCUUCACUUUACCACAUCCACACAGGAGUUUCAAAGAAUAUAUAGACAACAAAACAGAUGUGGGCACGGCCAUGAUACCCGCAGUGAUCCUUGCCGGUUAUACCGGAAGUGGUCCCAUCCAGCUGUGGCAGUUUCUGCUGGAGCUUCUCACAGACUGCAGCUGUCAGUCAUGUAUCAGCUGGACAGGAGAUGGGUGGGAGUUCAAGCUGACGGACCCUGAUGAGGUGGCCCUGCUGUGGGGAAAGAGGAAGAACAAACCCAAGAUGAACUAUGAGAAGCUAAGUCGAGGCCUACGAUACUACUACGACAAGAACAUUAUUCGCAAGACAGCUGGCAAACGCUACGUCUACCGCUUUGUCUGCAACCUGCAAGGCCUGCUGGGAUAUGAGCCUGAGGAGCUGCACGCCAUGUUGGACAUCAGUACCAAGAAGAAGUAAUGACCUC